AUGGCGCUCAGGUGUCGACUUGCUACUUUCCACUGCACUUGCAAGCUUCAAUACUGGGCCACUGCCUGCAGCGAAGAUUUGGCGACGCGAUGUUUGACCUUCUGGUUGGUAUCAGCCCAUGGUGGCUGGGUCACUGCCUCCAGCGAAGGUUGCGAGACGCGAUGGGUGGUCUUCUGGCUGAUAGCUGUCGAAAGCACCAACGGCACCUUGCACGGCAGCCAAUGGCGCUUCGUGCAACCCAACUUUGGAUGGCUGGGCCACUGCUUCCAGCGAAGGUUUGCAAAGCGAAGUGUUGGUGGCUGGGCCACUGCCUCAAGCAAUGCUUCGAGACGCUGGUUGGUCAUCCGGUUGGUAUCAGCCAGUGGUGGCUGGGCCACUGCAAUGUUUCAAGACGCGAUGGGUGGUCAUGUUGACAGCACCGCGGGCGCCCUGCAUGGUAGCGAAUAG